AGGAGGACAGCAGCCAGCACGUGUGCUUGACAGGUACCAAGAUCCAGGAUGCUGGGAUGAAGCUUCUGGAGGCGCUGGUGUCACUCCUGCCCAGGUGCUAGGAGCCGCCCCCAGGCUCCAGCUGGGAGCCCUGCUGCCCAGGGGCAUGGCCAAACCUUUCUUCAGACUCCAGAAGUUUCUCCGAAGAACACAGUUCCUGCUGCUCUUCCUCACGGCUGCCUACCUGAUGACCGGCAGCCUGCUACUCCUGCAGCGGGCCAGAGUGGCCCUCCCACAGGCCCUCCGGGCUCCUGGCAGCCUACAGGCCUUGCCAGUGGCCACUGUGGCACUAGGUGUGGGCCUGCUGGAUGGCAGGAGCCUUCACGAUCCGCACAGCAGCCCUGACCUACUUCUUGAUGUGGAUGCCCUAAGGAGUCCCCUGGCCCGACUGCCACCUGGACUCCGCUGGCCCCGGAGGAACCGCAGCUCACUGCGGAGGCGCUGGCUACACCACCUCACCAGUGACUCCCAGGGACCACCCACCCCGGGCCCUGAGGCCCCUGGACCAGCAGUCCGCAGCCAGGGCAGUUACCUGGGAUGCUUCAGUGAGGAGAGCCAAGAGAGAACGCUGAAAGGGGCAGUGUUUUAUGACUUAAGAAAGAUGACCGUGGCCCACUGCCAGGAUGCCUGUGCUGAGCGGUCCUAUGUAUAUGCCGGCUUGGAGGCUGGUGCAGAGUGCUACUGUGGGAACCGGCUACCAGUCACACGUGUCAGCCUGAAGGAGUGCAACCAGGAGUGCAAGGGGGAGAAGGGCUCCGUGUGCGGUGCCGUCCACCGGCUGUCCGUGUACGGCGUGGGGCUACAGCAGUCCGGCUCCAGGAAGCGACGUGCUGCCACCUACCGAGGGUGCUUCCCGAUGCCGGAGAACACCACCCACACUUUCUCCUCCUCCGUGACACAGGCCAACAUGACUGUGGAGACAUGCUCUGGAUUUUGUUCCCAGAAAGAGUUUCCUCUUGCCAUCCUCAGGGGCUGGGAUUGCUACUGCGCCUACCCUACCCCCCAGUUCAGCCUGCGGGAUGCUGUGGAUGGAGCAUUGUGCAGCCAGGCCCCAGAGGCUCAGGAGCUACCUGGCUACUGUGAGGUCUACCAGACGCCUGUCCAAGACACCCGUUGCACAGACAGGAAGUUCCUGCCCAACAAGUCUAAGGUGUUCGUGGCUCUGUCAAGCUUCCCAGGAGCUGGGAACACGUGGGCGAGGCACCUGAUCGAACACGCCACUGGCUUCUACACUGGAAGCUACUACUUUGAUGGAACCCUCUACAACAAGGGGUUCAAGGGUGAGAAGGACCAUUGGCGGAGCCGGCGCACCAUCUGUGUGAAGACGCACGAGAGUGGCCGGAGGGAGAUUGAGAUGUUUGACUCUGCCAUCCUGCUGAUCCGGAACCCCUACCGGUCCCUAGUUGCUGAAUUCAACAGGAAAUGCGCCGGACACCUGGGCUAUGCCCCUGACCGCAACUGGAAGAGCAAAGAAUGGCCAGACUUCGUGAACAGCUACGCCUCAUGGUGGUCCUCACACGUCCUAGACUGGCUCAAGUAUGGGAAGCGGCUGCUGGUUGUGCACUAUGAGGAGCUGCGACGCAGCCUGGUGCCCACACUGCGGGAGAUGGUGGCCUUCCUCAACGUGUCGGUGAGUGAGGAGCGGCUUCUCUGCGUGGAGAACAACAAAGAAGGCAGCUUCAGGCGGCGUGGCCGGCGCCCUCACGAUCAGGAACCCUUCACGCCUGAGAUGAAGGACUUGAUCAAUGGCCAUAUCAGGACAGUGGACCAGGCCUUGCGUGACCACAACUGGGCUGGGCUGCCCAGGGAAUAUGUGCCCAGAUAGGCCCGCUCUGCCCCUGCUGAUUGGAGCUGCACUAACGAGCUGGGCACUGCUCUACUGCACUGGUCCAUGGACCCUGGGAUGCAUGGCGGCUGGUCCACGGUCAGCAGGGUGCUCUUGCGGGAGCUGCUUCAUGCGCAGGGGGUCCUGGGCAGCACAGAGCCCACCCGGAGAGAUGCGCGUCACAGGACAUGCCUUGCCAGACACUUACACACCCUCAGACACACUUAGGCACCACCCCGAGUCGGGGCCCAUUUUACUGUGCUCAAGCCACUUGAGCAGGUGGGCCCAACACUCCCAGCUUUGCACACCCAGCCAGGGUGGACGCAGGGUGGACGCGUACACGCAGGCACCUGCGUAUGGUUGUCUGCCUCACACAUACACAUGUGCACACACCCAAGGCUCUGGGAGGCCCUGGGCUCCGGAACGCUGUGCCGGGCAGGCCUUGUUGACCGGAGCAGUACACUGGGAACUGUGGGGAUGGAGGGACACAGACGGACUGUGGCUGCUAAGUACUGUGUGACCCUGGCUGCUUGUCCGACAUCCCAUAAAUGUGUGUGCUGUGACAUCCUGGCACUGCAAACACGGUCUCUCUGCCUCUCUCUUCUCCCUGGAUGGGGACUGACAACACUGUGGCAGCGUGGAACCCACUGUUGCCCCCACCCUCACACCUCCAGGCACACGUGUUAACUUUUAGCCACUACCGUUCAGCAUACCCAUCACCCUCUUUCAAAUAACAACGUCAGGGCAGCUCAGAAUGCUCCGC